GUGCUUCCUGUUUACUGCUUAGUUGCUAGCCACUGACAUCACUGUCUCCACCUCUCCCAAUCAAUCUCUCAUACACUGAGUGAGAGAGGGAGACACACACACACACACACGCAUUCAUAGGCUGAGCAGCAGUGUUAGGAAGAUAAGGAGUGUCCGUAAGCAGCGAGGCGGCAUGCACAAGGUUUCUACAACUCAAAGCACAUAAGCAUCCUCUCUGAACGCUGGCGACUCAGGUCUGCCGUGUGACAGAAGCGCUUCUUACUCUCGCUGCUCUUUGCCCAAUUCAAGAUUCAGGGUGGCUUUUCCCGUCUGUCUUUCUUUUGCUGACUGCUGUGUUGAAAAGGGUUGCAUGCAUGACAGUCCGAAAAGGAGAAAAAAUGGCCAUAAGCAUCCAGGAGCAUAUGGCUAUUGAUGUCUGCCCCGGUCCUAUCAAACCUAUCAAACAAAUCUCUGAUUACUUCCCUCGUUUUCCUCGUGGUCUUCCUGCAGCUGUGAGCCGCAACAACUCUAUGCAUUCCACCAUCAGCCAGCCCUCUGUCACCCAGUCAGAGUCUACAAGAGAGGAGGACGAUGUGGACAAAUUAUUUGGGGCUUAUGGAGCUGCGUCAGCUAUAUCUCCCAAACCUGAAGAGGAGGCUGAACCUGAAGGCUACGAAUCUGACGACUCCACCACCCUGGGUACAUUAGAUUUCAGUUUGCUGUACGACCAAGAAAACAAUGCUCUCCAUUGCUCAAUAAACAAAGCCAAGGGCCUCAAGUCAAUGGACCACAAUGGACUUGCUGAUCCUUAUGUCAAAUUGCAUUUGCUCCCCGGUGCCAGUAAGGCAAACAAACUAAGGACAAAGACUCUACGAAAUACUCUGAAUCCAGUCUGGAAUGAGACUCUCACUUACUAUGGAAUCACUGAUGAGGACAUGAUACGAAAGACAUUAAGAGUUUCCGUUUGUGAUGAAGAUAAAUUCCGUCAUAAUGAGUUUAUUGGUGAGACCCGAAUUCCACUGAAAAGAUUAAAGCCAAAUCAGACGAAGAAUUUCAACAUUUGUCUGGAGAAGCAACUGCCAAUAGAUAAAACAGAAGACAAGUCACUGGAGGAACGAGGUCGGAUUCUCAUUUCCCUGAAGUAUAGCUCACAGAAAACUGGGCUUGUUGUUGGCAUUGCGCGAUGUGCACAUUUAGCAGCUAUGGAUGCAAAUGGCUACUCAGAUCCCUAUGUAAAAAUAUAUUUGAAGCCAGACGCGGACAAGAAGUCAAAGCAUAAGACAGCUGUCAAAAAGAAAACCCUUAAUCCAGAAUUCAAUGAGGAGUUUUUCUAUGAGAUCAAGCAAGCAGAUUUGGCUAAGAAAACUCUAGAAAUAACUGUUUGGGAUUACGACAUAGGAAAAUCAAAUGAUUUCAUUGGUGGGGUGACGCUUGGGAUUAACGCAAAAGGUGAACGUUUAAAGCACUGGUUUGACUGUUUGAAGAGCAAGGACAAGAAAAUUGAGCGCUGGCAUACUCUAACCAAUGAACUCCCAGGGUCUAUUCUCAGUGACUGAUGCCAGGCGUCCAUUGCUAAUCUUGCUCUGCAGCUUGGCACAAGACGAGGAAGGUUAUAUCUGAGAGUAACUGCCACAGAAAGGUUGGGCCUUUUGCACUUUUCUUUUCAGAACUAAGUCUCUCCGGGCCUCUUCACGGAUACCUAACUUUGCCUGGUAAUCUUGUGGCUUACAUAUUGGCUUAUGUACAUGUUUACAUGCAUUUGUGUAUCUGAGCACUUGGGAUAAAUUUCAGAGGAGUCCCUUUGGAUGACUUUUUAUAAUUGGUUUAGCACCAGGAAUUACCUGCUUUUGAUGACUGAUACUUUUCGCAACCCAGGCCGAGCAAAUUAUUUACUGUUUUUUGAAGUGUUUAAAUUUUACUAGGACACAGGAAAGAUGUCUAGAGUACUUAAAUUUAGCUUUGCUUUCUGCUGCAGAAAGAUGAGCCAGUUCUAGAAGAAGUUGCACAAAGGAAUGGAUCCUGUCUUAAAUCUUGUCAUAUUUUGGAGUAGUAUAGUACUUUUGAUACAGUAUUGAAGAACGAUGGCUGUAGCUGUGGCCAGUUUUCCUUAAGUCACAAUUAAUGUAGUGAAAGCAAACAUAGCUUCUCAAUAUUCAGAUAAAAUAACUCACGAGUAUAAAGUAAAGCUUUGAGAUAUCACACACUAAGUAAACAGAACAUGCUCCACAUGUUAAUUAUGUUCUUUUCAUCACUAGAAUUGGAAAGGAAUGGUGUAAAACUCUUCUGCAUUGGAGGCAUGGGUUUAAAUAGAGAACAGGUGUUGAAUAAUUCAUCUUGGUCCUAAUGAAGCAUUUCACUAUUAUUAGGUCACCUCAAUAAAUCUUGCAUCCAGUUAGAAAUCUAUAAAACAAGACAGCUCUCAAUUAAAUGUGUUGUACUGCAAAUCCUGUAUUGAAUGUGAGGUGAAAAAUGUUGGAAAAUAGUUAACCAUCUGAAAAAUAAUAGAGUUUGUAUUUGUAGGAUCCAGUGGGACUAAUUAACUAUCUCCUUUGAAAAAUCACCACAGACUUGAUAAGAAAAUAAUCUUCUAAGAUGUUUCUUUCUUAGAUUACUGAUGUGUGCUGUUCCCAACCAGAAGCAGGACCUCCACAUCCAGCACAGAGCAGAGAAUGUUUUGAGCAGUGUAAUUUAAUCAAUCUUUGUGGAUUUUUAUUAAAAAUCUGCAUAGUGCCCAUGCAAUAUUGCUGAACAAUUCUGGCAGAACCUAAUCUGCAUACAGGCCACUUGAAAGAGCAAAAUGACCGUAGUAUCCCAAAAGCUGUCUCAAUCUCGCAAACACUAGCGGAUCAAAAAAAAAUGUACCCUAAAUAUAGAAAUAACAUCCAUAAAGUGCUUCACACAUCCUCAGGCCCUCUGCAAGCUGCAGUAGACAGCUUGCCUUUGAAUAGUAGCCACAUUUGCUAUGAAGGCGUGAAGUUUAUUUUCAAAUUGAAACUUGGGCACCUCCAAAAAUUUUUUUGACUUUCGAUUUUUUACUUCUGCUACUUUGACCCUUCUUCUGGUCUGGCUUCCAAAACGAAUUUAAUUUCUCCCAAAAAUAACAGUGACAUUUUAACUGAGAAAAUGAAAGUCAUACCAGCGACUCCAGUCCAACUUUGUAGGAAGCAGUAAAUCUAGCACCAGGCGCAUCACCUCGAUAUGUGAACUGACAUGUUUUAUAAUAUAACUUACCAUAGUUCCAAACGUCCGACAUUUGUAAGUUGGUUGUCCCAGUUACCCUGUCCCUUGCAAUACCGCACUUAGUAGCAAGUGCCAAGUUAGAUGAACUGCUGUGUUCUGAAUUAAUCAUUUGAAAUAACUUUCCAUUUUAAUAGUUUCAGAGCACCUAUAUAUGAAAUGAAACACAUAUAAUUAACCCACAAAGUCCAAUCACACAUAUACAUGAGCCUAUCAGACAUUAAUGCAUAUUUGUCAGGUUUGUCUUGUAUUUUAAUUUCCAGUAAAUGCACAUUGAAACUCCUACUUCAAAAGAAAAUUGUGUGAAUGUUCGAAUAGCCAGAAUGUUACUACUUUGGAUGCAGCCUCUAAUUGCAGGUCCUGCAUUUAGUGACUUUUACUGUAGGGGUGGUCCUGUCAAGAUCCACCCUCUCUCUAGCAUCUGACAUUUCCUCCUGAGAAAGACCCUGUGGAGCAGUUCGGUUUUCCCCUCAAGCUGCUUCCCCUGCAAGUUUCAACCAGUUCUAGAAAUGGAAGGAAAAUUUUGGGCAGUUUUGGUGAUUGGGUGGAUAAGCUGCACCCGAAUGACGUGGAUGCAACCCCUAUAGGAUCCACGUGACUAAAAAGCCAGUGCAGAACAGUUCUGCCCAGUGAACAAACACUUGCAAUAAAGGGCUGAAGUUUAUCUCAUCCAGUGGCUUCAUGAAGUAGCACACAGUAUCACAGUCCACACACUGACCUCAUGAAUCAACAUCUUCACUACAGCAGCCUUCAACCUUCAGUUUCUUAGCCACUUAUUUAGGGAGAUUUGGAAAUUGUUAAUCUUUUGUCCCUCAAACUUUGGAAAAUACUUUGUGAGGAAUUGCUUUUUGAUGCUGACUAAAGGCAUUCAGCUACCAGUUGCCUUUAUUUGACCUCAUUUCUUUACAUUUUCUCUCUUUAACCAUUAGAACAGAGGUCCCCAACCUGGGGUCUGUGGACCCCCCGCUUCAUGGUAUUGGUCCAUGACAUUUUUUUUUUAAAUGGUUGGGAGCCCCUGCACUAGAAGUUCCCCAUACCCAUGAUUUGUCCCUGAUGCAAUAUUUUAAUUAAUUCAAGCUAGUGUAGCCAAAAAAAAAACUUAUCGGUGUUUUCAUUCUGUUUUUGUUAACUGUUGCUUCACUGCUGAUCACAAAAUCCACCUGGAGAAGAGCAGGCUGAUAAAUAACGUGCAUACUUCCCAAUAACAUGCUCUGGAUGGUUUGUAGCAUGACAAUGAACAAGUUUCAAAUGCUAUUACUUCUAUCAAUUUCCUCCUUAAGAACUAUAGGUACCAAAAACAUAUUAGCUUUUCUUGAGGAUGAAAUGCUGCAUUAAAGUUGACAGUAAUUCACGGUAUCAACCAUUUGACGGUAUACAGUACAUCUGUGUCUCCCUCAAACUAAAAUACAUUAAUUUUACUGAUGGGUUUUUUUUUGGCUCCCAGUUCUCUUGUUGAUGGUAAUUGAAUUGGAGAUUGGAAAAAUUUCCCGCAUCUUUUCUGUUUGAAUGAAAAAGACACAUCAAGUUAUUGAUCAGGAAGAUAUGUGAUCGUAUGCAUUGUCAUUAAUUUAUGGAGAUUUCUGUUACUUCAUUGUACUUGUGUAACAUUAAUAGCUGUUGCAAUCUUCGUAAUUUGGAAUGUAUGGCUAUUUAAUUAAAGUGCUAUGGUACAUACUGCUCAGUAUUUGAAGCUGACUAAAUGUGUACAAGGUAAAACAUUAAAGAAUGUGAAAUGUCCAGGGGGUGGGGGUGUCUCAUUCAGAAAUCAUGUCACAAAAACUUAAGUGUCAAUAAAUAUAUUUAAAUAUUUGGACUUUUGUAAAACUAUCUACUUAAUAAAAAAAACACGUUGAAUGUGCAGAACUCAGUUUGAAAAUGAAUUCUUGUAUGCUUUAUAUGAAUCUGAAUUUUGUAUGGAUUUUAAUUAAUGUGCAUGGAGCUUAUUUGGCUGCUACUAUUGUAUUAACUUGCAAAGCAACAAACAUUCCAGUUUGAAACUAUAUUGUGGGUUAUUAAGGCCAACGACAUGUUUUGAGUAUUGCUAGCAAGAUUAUACUCUGCAUGAAGUGUUAACUUCCUUAUGCCUUUAAAAUAUUUGGUGGUUGAUCAUCUAUUUUCUGUAAAUGAGCCUUGCACUACAGGUUAUAGUUAUUAAUAAAUUUUAUUGUUUUGCAUGUUUGAUAAUCAUCCAGCCUUCCCUAAAGGGGAAGAGAUAUAUGUUAUGCCAAAGGUUCCUUUAACGCUGUUUACUUUCUGUGACACUCAAUUUCUGAACUGUCCUCAAUGUAACAUUGCAAUUUGACCUUGUAUGGAACAAAUGACCAUGUGAUUCAACAACAAUAAAUCAUCUCUUAUCAGAUAAUCCAUGAUAUUUUUAUAACACAUUAAAGUACACAUCAUUUAUCAGUAGUGAGGUUAUUUACCUUGUCUAAUUAAUAUAAAAUAACUACUAAACUUUCACUUUGUUAUUGAUUAUGACUGACUAGGGUAAUAAGAUAAACAGUAUUUUGAGAUAAUUGCACCUUAUUUUCUCAUGUUGCAUGCUUAAGUCCUGGAAGAAUAUGGUCCACAGUGUUCAGCUGGUAUCUUUAUAAAAACAUGUCUCAUUUGCAUCAUACAUCCAGGGCUAAUGUUAAAUAAAUGUGUAUUUCAAGAGUAGCUUGAUAGAAACUUUCCAUUGCAGAACACAACAAAAAGACCAAAGAGUACAACAAAAGGCUUUAUCUUUUAAUUAAGUUUAGUUUUUCUUUUGCUGUAAAUAGAGGCAGAAUAUUUUUCAGGUCAGCGAAGUUUUAUUGGUUUUGGAAUUUGAAGGUGUAUCGGUGUCAGAGCUGUGACUGAGAUUCAAAGAGGGGACAAUGAGGAUUCAAGCUAACAUGUUCUCUUUAAGAAGAACUUCUAGAUCUGGGUGUUGAGGGGUUAUAGAGUAGGAUUAAGCAGAAUGUUGAAGCUCGUAAAGACAGAAAGCACUACACUAUGGAAGUUCUAGACAAAAUCGUAUAGAUGAAAAUUAGAAAGGAAAUUAAGAAGGCAAAGGGGGUCUAAAAAUCGCAAAUGCCAUCACAAAUGAGUGUUCAGUGUGGUGUAGUUUAUUGGGGAAGAUGAAACAUUGACCAUUAUAAGCAGACAUUAGAAGUAUUAAGGGGUUUAAAGGGAUUAAAAACCAUCAUCCCAGAUGAAAUAUACUUCAGGUUGCUAAAGGCAGUAAAUAGAAGGUCCAGCUAUUAUUUUUCGGUCCUUUCGAGCUGCAUUGGUGACGCUGGAGGUCUGAAACAUGACUGAAGGGGGUGCUGUUGUUUAAAAGGAUCGAAGGAUAUGCGCUGUGUAAUUUGAGGCCAAUUGGAUGAAUGUUGAUGAUGGUUGAACCAUCCAAUUGUGUAACCCAUUGGUUAAUGUGGCACAUACUAAUCAAGGGCAGUUGGCGUAGAUCCAUUAAAGGAAGGGGUACGGCCAAUGCUUGAACUUCUGGAAGAAGGAACAAAUGGAGGAAAAGAAACUGAUAGGUUCCAGGUAGAGUUCAGAAAAGUUAUUGAAGCAUGCCGCUGGGGAGAUGGAUCAGACAAAUAAUCUGAGGGAUCCAGUGUAAAGUAGAAUGGUAUAUCCAAAGUUAGUGCUGCAGUGGCAGGAAGUAACAUGUUUGCAGUGAAUUGCUCAGUACUAGGUUCCAUGAUUCUCACGGCAUAUAUUAAUGAUACAGUUUUAAAUGUAUGAACCUUACUUAAGUUUGCAGUUGAUUUUUAAAAAAAUAGCUGUAUAGUUAGUAGUGAGAAAGAAAAUUGUAGAAGUAAAAUAAUAAUUAGAUCUGGUGGGCAAAGAAGUGGCAAACAGCACUAUAUUUGCAGAAACAUAAGAGUAGAUAUGGGUUUUGAAAACAAGGCGAGAGUAUACCAGUAGCACAAUAAAUGUUGAGCCAGGACCUUGUAGUGCAUGUUCACGACUCUCUGAAGGAGCAGGGCAGAUGGUUAAAAAGAUACAAUCAAUACUUUGUGUGCAUGGCUGAAACAAGGGCAAGGAAAACAUGCUGGGACGACUGGUUAGGUCACGGCUAGAAUAGUGUGUAUCCUUCUGGUCAUCACAGUACUGCAAGGUGCAGAAGGGAUUAACUAAGCUUGAAAAAUUGUAACUAUGAGAGGAGAAUACCCAGGCGAGGGUUGUUCUUGAAGUGAAGAAUAAUUGAAAGAAAUUUAUUUGCGCAGUAUAAAAUUAUGAGCAGCUGAGAUGAGGGAGUUAAUCCUCUUUAAGGUGAGGUCAGAUGGAAAGCAUGGAUUUAAAUAGAUAGAUUAGAGGAGAUUAAGGGAAAUGAACGAAACACCUGGACUGAGCCUUGUGUCUGGUCAGCCAUUCAAUAGUAGCUCAUCUGUUUGCACCCUCUCUUCCUGACCACCAUCCUGUCGAAUAAGUUCCAGCACAAGUUGCAAUUUAAAUCUCAAUCUGAGCAGAGGAGAGAGGAGAACCCAGAUCAUGAGGGCCAUAUGCCCUUAAUAAUGCCAUAUGGGUUCAUUUCUAUUUUAAUGGGACAUUCACAGGUACUGUGAAGUUGUAACAGUGAGAAUUUUAUCUAUACAAUGUUAAGGCUGUAGGUAAACAAGGUUCAAACAUAUUUCUGGAUUAAGGAGUUAACUUGAUCUUAAUCCCUGGAAGUUGUUUGAAUAGUGGGGGGGGGGGGACUAGAAGUACAAGUGAAGUGAGCUAAAUUCUCAAAAGAACUUUAGUAUAGGCAGCUGUCUUUAGUCUACAUUCCACUUUCCAGCACUGACAACACAUCUAUUGAUUCCUUUAAUAUCUAAAUAUCUAUUCAUCUCUGGCCUCUAGCUUGUGUGUGGCUUGGCUUGAAGCUAGAUGCUUCCUCAAUGUCUUUUUCCUCAGUCUGCACUCCUACUUGAGACCUGUAGACUGGAUGUUUAUGCUAGGCAGGUAUCCUGGGGCACUAAUUAUAAACAGAAAUGGCAGGUCACUCGUUUAGAUUGGCAGGCUGCCCAGAAAGUGUUUGCCUGCGUUUGGAAAGAUGUGGGAUGCCGCAGAGGAAGGGUAAGAGCCAGAGUGGAGGAAGGCCAUGCAUUCAGUUGCAAGCAACAGUGAGAUUUGUGCCAGAUGACAUGGAAGUGGUGAUGGGAACACAUUCGCUCGACAACAAGUAAACAAAUCAAUCUUUUUGUGUGUCUCAUUGUACUGGCAGCCAGACUAGUUAGCCAUGGGAAUACGUUUGGAAUAUAUGUAUCGCAAUGUGACCCUCAAACAGUCAUCUGCGGAGAGAGGUUGGUAUUUAUGUGGGAUACAGUACAUGUGUUAUUUUUAGUUGGCUCCUGAUGUGUGCCAGUGGUGAGAGUCUAUCUGUACCUCUCGAGUUCCCUAUUUUCUCCUCCUUGCCUCUCUCGGGAACUAACAGUUUAACAGUUCAGAAAGAAAUUUCAUGAGGUUGCAAUGGAUGAAGGACAGAAAUAAGUGUCUUUGUCCACCUCUGCCUUCAUAUGCUCUUUUUGCAAAUCUUAUCAAUUCUUUGUUUUUUUUGCAUCUUUCUUACUGAUCUUUGACUUUUUAGAAAAAUUACAUCAAACCUUUUGACUAAAGGAUUACACACAAACUUAAA